AGGCUCCGGAGCGCGGCAACGCUUACUGGCUUGGCGAGCCUGGCUGUGCUCGGGGAGUGAGCGCCGGGCGCCGGGAUCUGCUCUGACUCUGAGCAGCAGCAGCGGCCCCUGAGGAGGCGCCCUCCUUCAGCUCCUUCUCCUCCUCCCCUCGAGCUCGCCCCUGCUGCUGCUGCUGCUGCUUCGCCUCGCCUCCGAGCCCGGAAGCUGGCCCCUGAGAGAAAGAGCGCAGGGAGCGACUGGUCCGCAGCUGGGACGCCAAGGACCCCCGCCGCCAGCCCGCUCGCCUAGCUGGCCCCCGCCCCCCGCAGGACAAGGGGAUCCUGCGCUGCUUUCUCUCGGCACCGAGUUGGUGGGGGGGCGUGCGUGUGAGUCAUCUGGCUGCCCUGGUGGAUAUUCUGCUUCAUUUGCCCCCCCCCCCCGCCUCAUUUGCCCCCCUUUUCUUUUAGCCACCCCACCCCCCCGGGACCCUUUUCAAGAAGGUGCUUUUUGUGAGUAGGUCACAUUGAUGCCGUGGUGGCUAGAAGAUUCCGGGGGUUUUACUUCGACUGGAAAGCCCUGCGCGCCUCGAGGCAGCUUCGCAUCUGUCUGAAGACACGUUAGCAUCCUGAGAACCUAAGGAACUCUCUCCGAUGGCUGGGAAACUGCAGAAGGGCUGGUUUGGGGGCUGGUGGACGACUGGAGUUUGCUUGGCGGCGCUUUCCUACAUCCCAGGCCUUUGGGCGCAGAUGGUGCUCGUCAACGAUACCGUUUCAGGCUUCAUUGGGACCGACGUGAUGCUGCACUGCAGCCUGAACAACCCGAACCCCACCGUGAAGAUCACCCAGGUCACCUGGCAGAAGGCCACCAAUGGCUCCAAGCAGAACGUAGCCCUCUACAACCCCACCCUGGGCGUCUCCAUCCUGCCCCAUUACAAGGAGCGGGUGGUCUUCCGAGCGGCCUCCAACAAGGAUGGCACCAUCCAGCUCUCCCGCCUGGAGCUGGAGGAUGAAGGCGUGUACAUCUGUGAGUUUGCUACUUUCCCCACCGGCAACCGGGAGAAUCAGCUCAACCUCACCGUGCUGGCCAAGCCUACUAACCGGAUGGAGGAGAAAACAAACCCACUGAUUGCCAAGAGCGACAUGACAGAGAAGGUUUUGGUGGCCACCUGCACCUCUUCCAACGGGAAGCCUCCCAGCACCGUCACCUGGGACACCAAGCUGAAAGGAGAGGCCGAGUACAAGGAGAUCCGGAACAGCAAUGGCACCUUCACCGUGAUCAGCCGGUACCACCUUGUGCCGAGCCGAGAGGCCCAUCGGCAAACGCUCACCUGUGUGGUCAACUAUCAGCUGGACCGCUUCACUGACAGCAUGACCCUGAACGUCCUGUAUGAGCCUGACAUCAAGAUUGAAGGUUUUGACGGCAACUGGUACCUCAACCGCAAGGACGUGAGGCUGAUGUGCAUUGCUGACGCCAACCCUCCGGCCACGCUCUACCAGUGGAGGCUAUUGAAUGGAACCCUCCCGGACAAUGUGGAAAUCCAGAACAACACCUUGUUCUUCAAAGGACCGGUCACUUACAACUUGGCGGGGAUGUACAUCUGUGAGGCCACUAACACCAUCGGCAAGCGGUCUGGCGUAGUGGAGGUCAAUGUCACAGAAUUCCCUUCCACCCCGUCUCCACCUGGCGCAACCGUGGUGCAGUCGAACAUCCCCACAGCCGUGAUUGGGGGCGUGGUGGGCGGAGUCUCGUUGGUCGUGGUGGUUGCCGUCGUGGUCUUUGUGGUGCUCCGGCACCGGCGUCACACCUUCAAGGGCGACUACAGCACCAAGAAGCACGUGUACGGGAAUGGGUACAGCAAAGCCGGCAUCCCACAGCAUCACCCCCCCAUGGCCCAGAACCUUCAGUACCCUGACGACUCGGACGAUGAGAAGAAGGCCGGCCCACUCGGGGGCAACAGUUAUGAAGACGAAGAGGACGACGGUGCCGGAGGAGAGCGGAAGCUGGGCGUGGGCCCCAACAAAUAUGACGACGAGUCCAAGCGGCCUUACUUCACGGUGGAUGAGGGCGAGGCCCACACUGAGGCCUACGACGAAAGGACACUCGGUUUCCAAUACGACCCCGAGCCACUGGACAUAGCCGAGAACAUGGUCUCUCAGAAUGACGGAUCUUUUAUUUCCAAAAAAGAGUGGUAUGUGUAGCUUGCUCCACACCCACCCCCUUCUUGCCCCCCUCUCAUGUGCCGUGUGCUGCCUCCGAGCUCCAGGGCUGCCACACACAGCCCCGCGUGUUCUUUCACACACAAGCCCGCGCAUGCGCACACACACACAGACACACAUCAGCCUUGGGACAGGGGGUGGGCAGCGCGAGAGAAAGACUUUUUGGAAGAACUGCCCCUGGUUCUGAGACAACCAGGAAGAGGUGGGAGGCCUGGUUGCUUGGCUUGUCCAUUGGGGGGGCAGGUGAGGGUGGCGAAUGUUCCUUCCCCCCCCCUUUGCUUAAUUUCUCCCACAGAUUUUUGCCCCCGACAAUGUUGUUUGUAUUGAUCAGUGGCUUUUGGUGUUGGUACUCUUUGCUUUAAUGACUACUUGCCCAUCCUUGUAUAUUAUACCCUCCCCACCUUCUGUUUGUGUCUUAAAGUGUCUCUUCGUCAACCUUUGGGUUCCCCCUCCCUUGCCCACCCCCCCUAAAAACACUGGAAUUUCUAUGUUGUCUUAACGUUUGUGUAAGGGAGGGUGCCAAGGGCACGCCAAUGGACUUUGGAGGGGGGAGACCGCAGAGACAGAAAGCACAAAAGCAUCAACCAUGACCAAGAAGUCACUAUAUUCACCUGAGCUGUAUAUCUGUACCUGUAUAUCCCUUUGAGCUUUUGUUGCCAUUUCCCACAAUGCAUCUAUUGGGGGGGGAGUCUACUUGCCUCCCCUCCUUUUUAAGCGGAACAAAUAACAUCAACAUCAAAAGAACCGCCCCCAAAACAAAGAGGACAGUGCAUGAUACCCAGGGAGGGCCCAGUGUAGCGGUUUUCCUCCAAUGGUAUGGUUUUUUUUUCCUAAUUAAAACGGGAGGGGGGGUAUGUCCACUACGACAAGCAUGCCUGAUGAUGAUGCUCUUGGUAUGUUUUACUUCUUUUGCACUCUUUCGAAGACUGGUUUUCCCAUGUAUAUGUGUAAGUGUAUAGAGAGAAAGAGAGAUCGAGGGGUUACCAUGGCCACUCUUUGCUCUUCUAAGGCGGUAUUUGCUCCUGACCUCAUGACUCUGGGCAGGCAUCUGUCAGUAGCAGUUUCCUGCACCAUCCCGGGGGGGGACGGGACUAGAAGACCUCCAGGGACCCAUUCAGCUCUCUGCAUUCUAUGCCUGAGGCUAAUGGCUGGCUCAGAGUCCACAGCUCUGCCUCUUCUCUCCUGCCCGCCUCCCCCUCCAGAUGGCUACAUAUCAGUGUUCAGAGCUGGCCCUGGGGAUGGUGCACGUCACAUUGGCAUGUUCAGGGCAUGAAGCUUGCAGGGGGUGGACCCGUAGCCCAGUGGCCGGGCACCUGCUUGGCCUGCAGCAGGUCCCAGCCUCCGUCCCCGGCAUCUUGUGUCCCAGGAUCUCAGGUAGCAAGAAAAGGCUCUUGCCUGAGGCCAGCACUGCACAAGAUAGACUGGCCAUCAGGCUUGGGAGUGGGAAUGGACCGGUGGGAUGGUCCCAAACACUUUUUAGGGGAGCCAGUUCACACACACACACACACACACACGGUGUGCAGGGUGAACCAGCCUUCAAGGUCUGAGCAGCCUAGCAUGAAAAUGGCUCCUUCUCCACCAGAUUGGGAAUAUCCCGAAUAUGACCAUCCCCACCUCACCCGUCUUCUCUCGGUCUUCUUGCCGUCUUGUCCGUUCCAUCAGCCCCGCCACUGAAGCUCCCUCAUUGGGCUGGCCCUUCCCUUCUGGGUCUAAGAGGAUUGUCGGAUUCUGCCUAGGAGCCCAGCGCUGUCUAUGCUUAGUCGUAGAGGACUGCAGUCUUACAAACACACACACACACACACACACACACACACACACACACAGAGCAACCCUAUUCCUUCCUGCUCCCCAGUGCUUUGACCACCAGUUCAUCCCCGGAUGCUAGCUCUGGCCAGGGAGGCUGUGCCUUAAUUUACUUCCAUGGCUGAGCACAUACCUUGCACGCAUCAGCUCCUAACUUUCGUCCCUGGCUUCUCUGGCUAAAAGGAUCUCGGGGAGCUGGGGAGGCUCCCCGCUUGAGACCCUGGGAAACUGCCGUCACCCAGAGCAGACCAUGACGAACCAGAUAGCCUGGUCUGACCGGGCGUUAGCCAGCUUCUUAUGCUCCGAGCAGUAGCUCUGUGGGAGACUGAGAGGCCGCCAAGGGCUAGGAGCUUUGGGCUAGGAACCUUGUGGAGUUGCCAUGGGGGCUGGAACAGCACCUGCCCCCAACGGGCUUACCAGAUCUGCCACCCUGCUCCCUCCCGCCUUGGCUGGCACCCUCUAUUUCUUACCCAGUAAGCCCCGAAAUGACUAAGUCGUGAUGUAGCAUGGUUCCAAGGCUGCAGGUCAGCUCACAUGCAAAUGUGAAUACUCAGCAGUAGCCUUGGACUGGACAGAUGGUCUGUUUUGUGCAUAGCGUCUCGCAGGGUAGAGAAGUGGCCAAGAGUCCUGGGUGGCAAAGAGUCCUCCCUGCUAGAUCACGACUUGAGGAAGGGGAGAGGCAAAGGCUGGCCUCUAUAUUCUGGCCAAAGAGAAUUGCAAAGUCUCUGUGUUCCAAAAUGCAACAUUCUGCAACUGGAAUAACUUGCAGCGAGGUUUGCCUUGAUACACAUAGGCCUGCAUCAUUUCGAUCUGUUUCUGGGACAAAGAUAUUGACAUAAUUUGGAUUGGGGGCAUCUCGUUUGGAGGGGGGGGUUGUGCAAGGAAGAGGGUGAGGAAUAGAGGGAAGAGGGAGGCAUGGGAGAUAGUUUUGCAGGCAGUCCAGAAGCUUGAGCCCUUUUCAGGCAUCCCGUAUGCAUGGAUACUGUUAAGUACAUAGAUGGGCCACCCCCUGACCUAAUCGCAUUCAGUAUCCAUGGAUACCUCCGUGGGUUUAUGGUGUUUCCUUUAAUGAAAUAGGAUAUGCCCAAGAGCUGGUCUUGUGAUAGCAAGCAUGACUUGUCCCCUUAGCUAAGCAGGGUCUGCCCUGGUUGCAUAUGAAUGGGAGACUAGAACUGUGAACACUGUAAGAUAUUCCCCUCAGGGGAUGGAGCGGCUCCGGGAAGAGCAGAAGGUUCCAAGUUCCCUCCCUGGCAGCAUCUCCAAGAUAGGGCUGAGGGAGAUUCCUGCCUGCAACCCUGGAGAAGCCGCUGCCAGUCUGUGAAAACAAUACUGAGCUACAUAAACCAAUGGUCUGACUCAGUAUAUGGCAGCUUCCCAUGUUCCUAUCUCAAAGAUCUCUGAUAGACAGGAUCUGCACAGGUGUCACCAAUCAGUGGCCCCGUAGAAUGUUGCUCAGAGAAGCCGGGUAACCCCACUUUCCACCACCAUUACUGCUACUAUGCUUUUCAACCAAAGUUUCCAAAGUAGACAAAUAAACAACCACUCAAGAUGGCUCCCUGCUUCAAGGGCUCACAAUCUAACAAACAAACAAACCAUAAAGUAAGCGCCAGUAACCGCCACUGGAGAGAUGCUAUGCUGGGGCAGGAUAGGGCCAGUUGCUUUCCUGUCCCCCCCCCUGCUAAAUAUAAGAGACUCGCCAUGUUAAAAGGUGCCUCUCUGCUCAGUUUGCAGGGGGGUCUUGGGAAGGCAAGGAAGAGACGUUCAGCUGCACUGGGCUGUCAUGAAAACAAGCCAGUUAGAGGCACUGCACCCAGAACAGAUUUUCUAAAUAGAUCUCCCCUGGGUGGUCCCACUCAUGCCCACCGACCCCAGUCUUGUUCCCUGGCUGAAUCAAGAGACGAAGAAGCCAUGACUUCUCCUGCCUGCUUUGCCUCAGUCCUCCUAACCCUCAUCUUUCCUCCAUGAUCAAGACCGGGGGCUUAGUAGGUAGCACCUUCAUGUAGGAAUUGACACUUACCCUUCCGCCCACCAGAGCUCCCUCCCCACCCCUGCUCAGGAGGGGAAAGAAUCACGUGCAUGUUCAGCGCGCAUGACAAUAGGGUGUCACGAUCCGCUGCCAUUCUUUACCCAGCAUUGAUAAUCUGUGCAGGAAAUUCAUCAUGUAUUAAACGGCCCUGAAUCGGAUGCAAGACCCCCGCGGGACCCUAAUUAGUGAGGCUAAACGAUUCACAGUUAAUCUAUAGCGUGAAAUAAGACUUCUGCAAAAUAAAAUUAUGGAUCAAGGCUUUUCUCUGCGAAGGGUUCUGAUACAAUAGGAACAUCUGCUGAGAUUCCUGUCCCUGAUGCUCAGAGCCCAAGAGCAACAGACCUAUCGCUGAAUAGAAGCGUCAGUUCAUUUUGUAGCGACCACCCACAAGAAGUUUGCGAAUCUUACCUAUUUUUGCUUCCCUUGAAAUUCUUUACCUCAGCACAGCCUUCUGCACAUGCCUCAAAUUUAACUUGAAACAAAAUUCAUUGGCACCUUCAUAGAUGGGCAAAGCCCUUAGAAUAUUUGCAAAUCUUGUUGAAACCUCUCUGGGCCCCUCUUGAAAUUUCUACAGAUUCUUGUUCGAAGAGCCUCCUGAAAUUCACCACAGCUUGGAUGUUUGCCAGAAUUUGACAGUACUGCCAAUUAGGGAUGUGCAAAUUGAUUCGGGUACAAAACGAUUUGUACUCAAAUCCCGCUGAUUUGGGCGAUUUGUAGAGAGAACAAAUCACCCCUGUGCUCAGUUGCCCAGAUUUGGGUACAAAACAAAUGACCCAGAUUCAGACCUGAAAAAAUUUGGAGAUGUGGACCUCCAUUUCGUGGCCUCAGUGGGUUGGGUGGUUGUGCCCAAUGGGUGAAAGCUACCAAAGCUACCAAAGAAAUUGGGCAAAGGGGUGAUUUUUUUUCAAAUGAAGUUUGUGCACAUUUAAGCAUCUUUCUGAUAGGAAAUAAUGGGGAUUUCAGCAGCCCCAUAACUCCAUGUGAGAAGCACCAGGGUGCCCCAGAGUGGGUUGUUGUGGGUAGUAGUUCCCUAUGGGUGGAAGGAAGCUGCCACCCAAAUUUCAAAGAAAUUGAGCAAAGGAGGUUUGUUUGUUUUUAAUUGAAGUCUGCAUAUCUUUAUGCUCUUUCCACAGGGAAUAAUGGGGAUUUCAGUGACCACAUAACUCAUUGGGUGGCUCAGAGCAGCUCGGCUCAGAGGGUGGCUCAGAGCAGCUUGUUGUGGGUGGUAGUGCCCAAUGGGUGGAAAGAAGCUACAACCCAAAUUUCAAAGAAAUUGGGCAAAGGGGUAAUUUUUAACAAAUUUUUGAGGUUUGUGCAUCUUUACCCUUUUUCCAAUGGGCAGUGAUAGGGAUUUCAGCAGCCCCAUAACUCCACGUGGGUGGGGGCACCAGGGUGGCCCAGAGCGGGUUGUAGUGUAGUGCACUUGGGGUGCCAGCCACCUCCAAAACCACAAGCCCAUGGAGCAUUGGGUUUUGUUGAUAGUAGAUUCUCUGGCCAUUCAUCAUUUUGCACCAAAGAUAAGGAAUGAACAAAGAUGUUCAUUCAUCAUCUUUGGUGCAAAAUGAUGAAUGAACUAAGAAUCCACUAUCAUUGUUCAUCUUUGUUCAUUCAUCAUAUUUGGUACAAAAUGAUGAAUUACCAGAAAAUCCACUAUCAACCAAAUAGUGGAUUUUGUAACACCUCCCACAUGCCUUGUGGGUUACCAGCGAAGGGGGCAUCAUAGCCUGGAGACAGGCUAUUCAUCUGAUUUGUUUUUUCCCUUGCAAGAUAUGAUAAAGGCAUUGUUUCCCAUGGUAUGCACAUCCAUCUCACUAUAAUCUCUGCCCAAUCAGCGCUUCAGAAACUUCCAGACCCUGUUUGAUCUGAGUGGGUGUGUCUACACCCUGGGCAAUGAAAGCUCUGUCCAACCUCCUUCAGCUCUUUUAGUAACAAUUAUCUGUCUUCAGCCCCGAGUUAGCAGGAGAAGACUCCUGCUGGCAGAUCGAGCAUCCUGCUUGGCCAGCCAGUUGCCAGAUAGUGCACACACAUUGCAUGGGGGCAACAGCCCUCCCUUGUCCUUGGUCCCCAUCAUUUGGUAAUUGGAGGUAGACUGCCUCUAAACAUGGAGGCUCCAUUACGCACACAGUCAAUAGCUGUUGGCAGACAGAUCAUCCCCUGCUGACACAAGCAUUGCAUGGGGGCAAUAGUCCUCCCCUGUUAUUGGUCCACAUCAUCUGGGAUAUGGAGGUAGACGGCCUCCAUAUCCCAGCAUGGAAGCUCCAUCUAUCACGGUCAGUAGCUGUUGGCAGACCUGUCAUCCCUUUUUCCUUGGCUCUCUCCCCAGCAGGAAGGAAAGCAAGAAGCGCUUGUCUAAUUUGAGUAAUAUUAUCAGCCCCAGAGAUGUGGGGAAGAGAAAAACAUCUUUGUUUCUGGGCCCAGCUCUUUCCCCUCUCUGUUCCUGGGCACCCAACAAACAGCAAGGUCUAUGCUGCAGACUAAAUGGAAUCCGGUUGAAACAGAACAUGGCAGGUGUUUUCCUGAUGGGAUUUACGUCUGGGAUUACUCCUUGCAAUUUACCAUUGCAAUUUCCCUUCCCUUAUUUAAUUACGAGCCUGAUUCUCGUUCCUCUCCUCCUUUUGAAUCAUUUUUAUUCAACCAGGGGGAUAAAAAGAGAGAAGAGAAACCAGAGGUUUCCUCAAGGAAAACAAACUCAAUCAUUGGGGCGGCGUUCGUUGCAAAAUCCCAUUGAGCAAAACGCUCAUGGGGGGAUGAAGCAACCAUGUUGGUUUUUAGGAGGCAGGGGAGCCCUUCAUUCAUUGGGUGGAAUCAUCUAGAAAUUUGAUGAGAAGAUUUUCCGAAUCAUUAGAAACAGAAAAAUGAUUUGGAUUAGUAGAAGACGUGGCAACGACGUGCAGAUGGACCAAUGGGGAUGUGUUAGGACUCCCUGUCAAUUUUGUCCAGAGAAACACUGCAAUUCUACAUCCAUGUUGGCAAUUAUGACGAUCAGGGCCAGCCAAAAUCAUGGGCAGUCAUACUUGGUUGAUAGUCUCUGAGUCCAAGCAGAACAUAUUUUCACAGGGACGGCCAGAUUCCUCGUGUAUCUAUACCAGGCCUGGCCAAUCCAAAGUUUCCAUGCUGCCGGCCAAUCACAGUGGCUCAUGUUACAUGCCGCAGUUCAUUUCUUCACCUGAAGAGGGCUCUGAGGCCUGAGCACAAGCAAUAGCGAGAUAGCUCAGUGGGUUAGGUCCCAGCUUCGAAUCCUGAAGCUCCUGGUUUAAACCCCGGAUUUUCCAUCAGUAUGGGAAACCAGGGGUGUUCACUACUGUGGAUGAAUUAACCAAAAGUACAAGGAUAUGAUCUUGUGUACGUGGUGCUAUAUAGGGAGGGAGGGGCAUUCUGUUUUCUAGAACAUUCCGUGAGUUCUUCUCUCGAAGGCGAAUGUAUAUGUAAUGGCUAUCUAGGGGGAGAAACUCGACCAAUGUAAAUAGAUAUCAGUGGGGAUUGAUUGCACACCAGAUGAAAACCUGGGCUAUUAUUAUUUUUCUUUUCUUUUUCCCCGCUCCCCAAUAAGUUUCCUCAGCUCCAGUGACUGUAUCCUCUUCCUUUCUCCCUUCCCCACCCCCCCACAUCAAUGCUGUAAGUAUCAUUGUGGCAGAUGAUUAAUAAAAAAACAAAAUUCAAAAAAUCUACUUUUUUUGGUAAUCUGUGUCGUAAGUGCUUUUUGUAAAGAAAAAAUGGAGAGCGAGAGAGUGCGUGUGCAAGAGAGAGAAGAAUAUUAUGAAUAAUGUAAUGGACUUGAAAUUGCUUUAUGAUUUUUGUUCGUUUGUUUUUCCCAUUCUUUGUAAUAACUUUUUUGGGUUUGUUUUGGGGCCAAUGGGGGAGUUUUCAUUUGGAGGAAGCGAUUGCUUCGACCUCUUUUACUUGUAUAAAAUUUAAAACAAAAAAACAAAUAGUGGUUCAAUUGUGGAAAGAAAUGUACUUUUUUUAUAAAUAAAGACUUUUAAAACAAA